AUGGACCACGCCGCCAGCAUAGUAGCCUCCUACCCGGAUGCCUUCCCACCGCUCGACUCAUGCCCACCCAUAACAUCACAACACAACCACUCUGCGCUACCAAUCUGCGACAUAUCCUCUCCCAUAACCACCACCACCACAACAACACCAAGCACCCCAGACUCCCUCUUCAAAAUCCACUACGACACCCCUCUCUACACCGAAAUCAACAUCCCGCUCCCACGCCUCCCUCCACCCCGAAACCCCGUACGCAACACCAACCUCACCAGCGCCACCUCAUCCUCACCAACCUCACCCACAGCCCAAGCCGCCCCACGCGGCCGCUCAAAAACACUCUCCUCACUAUCCCGCUUCCGCACCCGCCGCUCAUCCUCCACCUCCUCCACCCCAUCUUCACCCGCCUACGCAUUGAAGACGGCAAGGCAAAGCACCGACGCUCCGCGAACCCCCCGUAAAGAAACGGUGAAAUCGCGUGAAGUCAAUGCGUUGAUGGAUCUCAGGCAUCAGGGUAGGAAGGGCAGGAGUGGCACGAUUGAUGCCUUGGCGGUUGUACCGGCUGUGUUGGUGUUGAGUGCCGAGUUGUUUACGCCGGGGGAGAAGGGGGGACGGAGGAAGGAUUCGGGGGUUGGGAGGUGGGAGGAUGGGAUUAGGUGA